AGGAGCUCAGUUGCAGAGCUCCUUCCUUAGAGGCCUAGUGGGGCGGGUACGCCCGAGAGCGGGAGAGGCAGUCAGUCGGCGGCUUUGCCAUCGUGGGAGCUAUAGGGUCGCCGUUUCUCGUGGGUCUCCCCUCAAGUUCCGUGGGUCUGGCGGCGGCGGCGGCAGCGUCCUUCAGGCCUGGCAAGCGGCGUGGGGCCUCUCUCGUCCCGGCAUUUAGUUCAACGGGGCAUUCGCCCCCUGGUUUGUGGGAGCGUCUGGGCAGCCUUGGGGGUUGGGCGGCCGGGUUACUGCUCUCUCUGGGUUUCUUUUCGUUUGGGGCAUUGGGUCCUUGGUGCUUGGGCCCUGUGGGGAAGGCUUAACCGGCGAGCGGGGUUGCUGGGUUGUUCCCUGCUGCUCCUUGGGGUUUUUUGCCAUCGUGCACGCUGUUUGGGUGGUGGUUAUUGGGCUUUCUUGCACAGGGGAGAGGUUUUUUUCGGCCUUUUACAGUGGGGCUGCCCUGCAUGGUGCUAGUUUGAUUGGCGGGGCCUGGUGUUUGUUCCCCUGCUGGCUUAGUCUUGAUCUUAACGGGUCCUGUUCUUUCUUCUGUGGGGUCUGGGCUUAUAAGGCAACAUGCCAGGAAAAGCUAAGGGCAAAAAAGGGGGGCGGCCUAUCAGGCAGCCCAAGCAGCCUGCCCCUCCGCAGUCCUCUUCUGAGGAAGAAGAUGAGGAAAUGACACUCAUUAGGGGGUUAAUUGGUAGAAUGGAGGCUUUGGAAAAGGCUAAAGCCGCCCCUUCCGAUAAGGGGGCUGGCCCUUCGGGUGGGGGUGGGGUUCCACCUCCUAAGGUUCCUAGGAGGACUAGGGGGUCGGUGAAGUACCAGUUGCUAACCUCUCUUUCUAGUAGGUUAGAUGUGCUUGAACGGGGUCUGAACCCGACUGGACCUGAUCCUUCUGCGCCUGCUUUGCCGCUUCCUGUUCCUGAAGCUCCUGUCCCAGAGGCGCCUUCGCCAUCACUUCCUGCGCCUGCAGUGCCGGUUGAACAGCCACCGCUGGAUCCGACUGGCCCUUUGGUCCCGGGUGCUGGCGGGGCGGCGGUCCCGAUCUGAGUCCUGAUGUGUGGCCAUUCGUUGGUCUUCUGGGCUUUCAAGCGGGCCAGCACCUCCCACUGGGGAUCCCAGCUGGGGAUGGGUAGCAGCGCGUCUGUUUAUUGGUUGGGCAUGCGAGGCAUGCUCUGGAAUCAGCUGCUUCCGGCUUUGAGAGACCAUUUAGAUAGGUUCCCUACUCCUGGCAUUUUAGUUUUGCAUCUGGGGGAGAAUGAUCUGGGCCGGCGGACUGGCCUGGCCAUCUUUCAGCAAGCCUCCUCGGACUUAGCAACAUUGCGCAGGUGGCUGCCCGGGGUACGCAUAAUUUGGAUCAACUGGCUCCAGCGUAGAGUGUGGCGUGGGGCUCAGUCUUGCUUAAGCCUAGAAAAAGCGCGCAGAAAAAUUUCAGCAGCAAUUGGGAAAACAGUGGUAGCGGCUGGGGGGUCAGUGUUGUGGCAGCCAGAAUUGACUGCUUGCUUCCUGGAGUUAUUUUGCCCUGAUGGGGUACAUCUUUCCGAAAAAGGUUGCGACCUUUAUAUUCGCAACAUCCGGGAGGCUAUUGCUGAAAGUUUGGGCUGGCGUGGGGCAGGAAGGUCAAGCGUGGGCUAACCUUCCUUAGUGGCAGGAACAGUGCGGGCUUUGGGGUAAGGUGGUAUAUUUUAUCGGUGAGCACCCUUGGAUAUUGUAAGGUGGAUUGGUCAAUCGCUUCCUUGUGGCCUGUGUGGCACGGGAAGACUUCGAUUGCCAAGAAACCUGCUUUGGGACUUGACCAACCUUUGGGCUGUGCGGUCCAGGGUGGGUAAAGAUCCAAAGCUGUCCAGAUCCCCUCUUUUAUAGGGGGCGGUUGGCUGUGAAGGAACUGGGCGGGAGGUACCUGCCUCUUUCCUGAGCCAGGGUGUGUCGCCCUUUGCGGCUGAUGGGUAGGAUGAAGUAAUCCUAGCCCAGGCCUAGGUGCCCGCACUGUUUUCAUUUUGGUGAUUAAUCACCUUGUUCAGUCCGCCAUGUCUAUGUUAAUUUAACAAAGCGUGGCCCGUUUCUCUCACUACAAACGUCUCUUUGUCUUCUUGGGCCUGGGUCUGGGUACAAUGUGGGUGUUGAAGUCCAAUAACAUCUGGGGACCCAACGGUGAGAAUCCCUGGUGUAGACAGUAUUGAGCCAGAUGGACCAAUGAGCUGAUCUGGUAUAAAGCAACUUCCUAUGUCCCUGCAGCUUUAAGAACCACCAACAUUUUAUCCCGUCUUUUAUAUGAUUGUUUCUAUUGCUGCUGUGCUGUAUCUUUUAUGGUUAUAUUGUGCUUGUUUUUUAAUCUUUUAAUCAGCUCUGUAUUUUUAUAUUCUAUCUUAAUAUUUUAAUUGUGUAUUUUUAUAGGCUUGUUUUAACUUUUGUGUCAAACACCUUGGGAUUGUUUUAAUGAAAGGCACUGUAGAAAUUUAACAAUAAA